AUGAAGGUCACCAAUAUUGCUCUGGCUGGUGCUGCCAUCGGUCUUUCUACGGCGAGCCCGGUAUCCAAGCGUGCAAUCAGCGAUGCUGACAUCCUGAACUAUGCCUUGACACUUGAGCAUCUCGAGGCAACAUUCUAUCAGGAGGGCCUCCAGAACUACACCCAAGCGGACUUUGUGAACGCUGGCUUUGCGGACCCCUUCUACGCCAACCUUAAGGAGGUUGCUUCUGAUGAAUUGACUCAUGAGACCUUCCUGACCCAGGCUCUGACUGCUGCCGGUGCAUCUCCCGUCGCACGCUGCAACUACUCGUUCCCAUCCACCGAUGUGAACACUUUCCUGGCCGUUGCCAGCAUUCUGGAAGGCGUGGGAGUCAGUGCCUACUUGGGCGCCGCCAGCAGCAUCAUGAACGCCACCUAUCUCACCGCAGCAGGUAGUAUCUUGACCGUCGAAGCCCGACACAGCGCAUACCUGCGCGCCGCCCUCGGCAAGGUCCCAUUCGCCCAACCCUUCGACGACCCCCUCGACUUCAACGAGGUCUACACCGUUGCCUCGCCCUUCAUUACCUCCUGCCCCUCCAGCAACGGAAAGCUCCCCGUGAUGGCAUUCCCCUCUCUCACAAUGAGCGGCACCAACACGCUCAUGUCUGGAUCUACCGUCCAGCUGGUGACCGGAAGCGGCUUCAACACCUCCAACACCAGCAACCUGUACGCUGCCUUCAUCACCGUCACCGGUCCCCUCUGGGCUCCCUUGACGUCGACUGGCAGUGGCAUGUUCAAUGUCACCAUCCCCGCCGGUAUUGCUGGACAGAGCUACGUUGUUCUUACCAAGGGAAACACAUCGGCAACUGACGAUAACAUCGUUGCGGGGCCUGCUAUCGUCGAGAUUGGAAUGGCCACGGGUGGUAAUAUGACUAGUAUGCCCUCGAUGACUCCUUCCAUGACUGGCGCGAUGAGCAGCACCUCGGCUACUGCUCCGGCCUCUUCAUCCCCCUUAUACAAUGCCGCGGUUGGAAAGAUGACUGGUAAUAUCUUUGGUGUUUUGGGUGCCGGUAUAAUGGUUAUUGCUGCGCUUGCUUAA